UCGCCAGGCCUCGCCUCCACCCCUGGGUCAACCGCGCGCGUCCCUAUCGCCCCCACCUCGACAUCCUAGGCAGGUUUCCCCCGCCCCCUCCGUCCGGGUGCUGGUCCCGUGAGUGAGCGCAGAGCCUGAGCGGGCGCCGGCGGGAAGGAGAAGCGGCGGAGAAAGGGUAAGGGAGGGAGCAAGAGGAGAGAAACAUCAAUGUGUGGCUGCCUCUCGCACACCCCCAGCCAGGGACCGGGACUGCAACCCAGGCGUGUGCCCUGACUGGGAAUCCAGUGGGUGACUUUGGCUCCCAGGCCAGCAACUCAAUCCACUGAGCCACACCAGCCAGGAGUAUCAGUAGUUCUAAGAAGCGUGGGUAGGACCAGAUUAUGGGCUGCAGUCCUUUAAAUUAAUUAAUCAUCAUGAUGGCUAAUGAGGGCUGUCCCAAGGCUGGUGAUAGUUCUUUUUCCUCAGAUAAACAUGCCCAACUCAUCUUGGCCCAGAUCAAUAAAAUGAGAAAUGGACAGCAUUUCUGUGAUGUGCAGCUACAAGUUGGGAAGGAAACUUUUAAAGUUCAUCGGCUGGUUCUGGCUGCCAGUAGUCCUUACUUUGCAGCCUUGUUCACUGGAGGAAUGAAAGAGUCCUCAAAAGAUGUUGUACAGAUUCUAGGAAUUGAAGCUGGAAUAUUUCAAAUACUUCUAGAUUUCAUUUACACAGGUGUAGUGAACAUAAGUGUGAAUAAUGUCCAGGAGUUGAUCGUGGCAGCAGACAUGCUACAGUUGACUGAAGUUGUUAAUCUUUGCUGUGAAUUUCUGAAAGGACAAAUUGAUCCACUGAACUGCAUUGGGAUCUUUCAGUUCUCUGAGCAAAUUGCCUGCCAUGAUCUUUUGGAAUUCACAGAAAACUACAUUCAUGUCCAUUUCUUGGAGGUUCAGAGUGGGGAAGAGUUCCUGGCACUUACGAAAGAUCAGCUGAUCAAAGUUUUGAGAAGUGAAGAGCUUAGCAUUGAGGAUGAAUACCAAGUCUUCUUAGCUGCAAUGCAAUGGAUUCUCAAAGAUCUGGGAAAGAGAAAAAAAUAUGUGGUGGAAGUACUAGACCCAAUUCGAUUCCCCUUAUUACCCCCUCAGAGGCUUUUAAAGUAUAUAGAAGGCGUAUCUGAUUUUAAUCUUCGUGUUGCAUUGCAAACACUUUUGAAAGAAUAUUGUGAGGUGUGCAGAUCUCCCAAAGAGAACAAGUUUUGUAGUUUUCUGCAGACAUCUAAGGUUCGACCUCGGAAGAAAGCAAGAAAGUACCUGUAUGCAGUAGGUGGAUAUACUCGAUUGCAGGGGGGUCGUUGGAGUGACAGCAGAGCCCUCAGCUGUGUCGAACGUUUUGACACCUUUAGCCAGUACUGGACCACUGUGUCUUCGCUUCAUCAGGCUCGAUGUGGGCUGGGAGUAGCAGUUCUGGGAGGGAUGGUGUACGCCAUUGGAGGUGAAAAAGAUUCAAUGAUUUUUGACUGUACCGAAUGCUAUGAUCCAGUUACUAAACAGUGGACAACUGUAGCUUCAAUGAAUCACCCCCGCUGUGGCUUAGGAGUGUGUGUCUGUAAUGGGGCUAUCUAUGCUUUGGGUGGAUGGGUUGGAGCUGAGAUAGGGAACACCAUUGAACGAUUUGAUCCUGAUGAAAAUAAAUGGGAAGUAGUUGGCAACAUGGCUUUGUCACGCUACUACUUUGGCUGUUGUGAAAUGCAAGGUUUAAUUUAUGUAAUUGGAGGCAUCAGCAAUGAAGGAAUAGAGCUUUGUUCUUUUGAAGUUUAUGAUCCGCUUUCCAAGCGUUGGUCUCCACUUCCUCCAAUGGGAACCAGGAGAGCAUAUCUUGGGGUGGCUGCACUCAAUGACUGCAUCUAUUCUGUUGGAGGCUGGAAUGAGACGCAAGAUGCUCUUCAUACUGUAGAAAAAUAUUCCUUUGAAGAGGAAAAAUGGGUUGAAAUUGCCUCAAUGAAAGUGCCUAGAGCAGGCAUGUGUGUUGUGGCAGUCAAUGGGCUUCUGUAUGUUUCUGGAGGUCGAUCUUCCAGCCAUGAUUUCUUGGCCCCAGGUACUUUGGACUCAGUUGAAGUUUAUAACCCUCAUUCAGAUACCUGGACAGAAAUUGGUAACAUGAUCACCAGUCGUUGUGAAGGAGGUGUUGCUGUACUAUGAAAUAUGAACUGUAAGAGAAUACAAGACACAUUUUGAAAGUAUAGGACCUGACCUUUUGCAAAUCACACACAUAUUUGGUUAUAGGACCUUUUGAUUCUGUUGGGUUUUUCAUUUAUUUGAUAGAUAAAUGACUAAAGAAUUAUUUUUCUAAGAAUUUGAAUGAGAAGGGAUAUGGAAUAUAUCCUAAAUUCAUAAAGAGGUCACAAAAAUUUUCUAAGUUUACUAACAGAAAUACUACUUAUGCUCUAGAAUUGUCCAGUUAGGAAUAGAGUCCUAUUUGUAAAAAUUAUUUGCUAGAAACUUUUUGGCAAAUAGCCCCUUUAGUGGCUUCUCCAGUGCAAUUUAAGCUGUAAUAGAACCCUUCUGUGAUGUAAGAAUAACAAAUGAAACAGUUUAAAAAUGUGUAUACAUUCAUGAUUCAGUGCAAAGCACAGUUUCCCAUGACCAUAGUUUAACCUACAGCAAAAAGCCAGUGAAACUAUUUCCAACUUUUAUGUGAUACUAGGAGUUUCACUAGCCCAAACUUUUUUCUUUUUUAAAUAUAUUUUAUUGAUUAUGCUAUUCACUUGUCCCAUUUUCCCCACCUUUAUUCCCCUUUACCCUACACUCCCCUCCUAUCCUCAUUCCCUCCCCUUAGUUCAUGUCCGUGGGUCAUACAUGUAAGUUCUUUGGCUUCUUCAUUUCCCAUACUAUUCUUAACUUCCUCCUGUCUAUUUUGUACCUACCAUUUAUGCCUCUUAUUCUCUGUACCUUUCCCUCCCAUCCUAUCUUCUCCCCGUUCUCACUGACAACCCUCCAUGUUUUCUGCAUUUCUCUGGUUCAGUUCUUGUUCUAGUUGUUUAUUUAGUUUGUUUUAGUUUUUGGGUUUUUUUUUUAAGUUCAGUUGUUGAUAGUUGUGAGUUUGUUGUCAUUUUACUAUUCAUAUUUUUUAUCUUGUUCUUUUUCUAAGUCCCUUUAACAUGUCAUAUAAUAAGGGCUUGGUGGUGAUGAACUCCUUUAACUUGACCUUAUCUGGGAAGCACUUUAUCUGCCCUUCCAUUCUAAAUGAUAGCUUUGCUGAAUAGAAUAAUCUUGGGUGUAGGUCCUUACCCUUCAUGACUUCUAAUGCUUUUUUCCAGCCCCUUCUUGCCUGCACGUUUUCUUUCGAGAAUAGCCCUAAACUUUUUAUUGGCAACAGGUGUAAUGGGAAGGACAUGUGGGAAAUACCUAGCUAUUUAUAUAGCUAUUUAUUUAUAUAUGUUUUGACCUAUUGAUAACAGCAUUAAAAAAGCUUUUGCUCACUUAUUUUUUUUUUUGUCUUGACACUGAGGGCGCAAGUAGGUAAUUAAGAGCAGGUUCUUAGUGAUAGUCCUUUAUUGCAACAGAUAGGGCGCAGUAGAUGGUAUGCACCUAAUAAAUUUCUUCCCUAUUUUCUAAGUAGUCACCAAAAAUAUUUGUUUGGCUUUGGGAAGAUGGAAUUUUAUUAGAUCAUCAAGCUUUGUGAAGCUUACUUGUACUUAGACAAGCCUAAGUAGGAGCUUACUACAAAGCUACUGCCUUGCUUGAAGAAUAUGGAAUUACAGAUGUGAAAAUUCUUACCGACACUGACUCAUAAGUAUGAGAUGAAAGGCUUCUGAUCCAAAACUACUUCUCAAAACUCAUUUCCCCCCAUCAGAAGUAUUUUAAAGAAUUGUUCUCUAUCUAGUUCUGAGAAGAAAAUUCAUGUACAUGAUCAUCACUUUUAUUUCUACUAGUUAGUCAGUUGGAGGCAUUUGUGUUAAAGAUGUUACAUACAUUUAGGUUUACCUAGCUGAUUCCAGGAUUUGAUUAGUAUAUUCCUGAUUCCCCCUUUUCUGUACUAAAGCCCUUGGGAAUAUUGUUAUAAGUAUCAACAGCUUAUUUAGAUAGAAAACUCUUAGUAAGUAUUAAAGACAGCUUUCAUGUCAAACAUUUGGAUUAGCCCUCAAGGAUACUUUUCUUCAUAACUUAACCAUAUUCUUGUAUUAAGAAAAGUUUAUGUAAUGCAUACAGAAAGCUCCGAAAGUCUGAAGGGUCAAGACACUUGGUUGGGAUCUGUAAUAUGGCAAGGAAUGAAGUGUCAAAGAUAAUUUGUAGAUGACCUAAGCUUACAUGCCUUUAAUAUUUCUGGUUAUAGAGAAUCUGCAUUCUGAUUCAAGAGAUUUACAAAAUGUUCCUAUAAUUUAAUUCUCAUCAUUACCUGGCAACCUAAAAUGGCAUCAUGGAGGGAGGCAUUAUGUACUGCUCUGGCAGAAAUGUAAUGUCUAGACAGUGUUUGGGCUUAAUAGGUCCAGAUGAUCCCUGAAGAGAGGUAAUUGUAAAUAUGCUGUUUCCUGCCCUGGCUGGUGUAGCUCAGUGGAUUGAGCAUGGGCCUGUGAAGCAAACGGUCGCCGGUUCGAUUCCCAGUCAGGGUACAUGGGUUGCAGGCCAGGUCCCCAGUGGGGGACACAUGAGAGGCAACCACACAUUGAUGUUUCUCUCCCACUUUCUCCUUCCUGUUCCCUCUCUCUAAAAAUAAAUAUUUUUAAAAAUAUCCUGUUUCCUAAGUAAUGAUAAAGAGAAUCAUGCUUUAAAAAUAAUGUACCAAUAAAGUAUUUUGAUUUCUGCUUUUCCUUCUGAGAAAAUCUUCUGAAGAAUGUGUUUUCUUUCCUUUAUUAUCAGGCUGUACUAAACUGUUCUCUAUGUUAAUAAAGAAGGAUCAUGUGGUGGUAUUGGCCAUGGUCUUUAACUGGUGAGCUUCUUAAUG